UCAGAUUGAGCUAGAAAGACUCCAAGGAGUUUUCCAUACCAUUUGGGAGCAACAACUUUGUCGCGUGCAAGCAGAAAGAGAGAUUUUCCAAGCUCAAAUGAGUGAUGUCAUGACGUUAGCCUCUGAGGUGAAGAAUUUAUCAAAUGCAGCCCGCCAACUAGAGCCCUAUGUUGUGGCUUUGUCUGCUGCUGACAUUGCUAUUUCACAAAUGCAUCAACAAGCUCAGAAUGCAGCUGUGCAACAACAAGCACUUCAUCCAAAACCAUCUGCUGAAGAAGCAGCUCACCUACAAUCUGUGUUGGAACACAUUAACUUUCUUCACCAAGCUGAGAGACUCCGAAAGGAUCCAGAUGUAGGGAAAGGAGAAUGCCGAGUACAUUCUGGAGCUUCACCUGGACAUGCCUCUACAUCUUCUGGACAAGACAAACUCCUAUACAUUAAGUUGGAUAAAAGUAAGAGCUCUAGGUCUAAGUCACCUCGUGAUAGGAGUGAGCCAAGGGAAACCCCAGAUCAGCAACAGCAAGCUCUAAUAGCUCAGGCCAUGUUGGACUCAGGUUAUGGAAUGAGUGGGGGACGAGAAUCCAAAAGAGGAUCAGUACUUAGCCAAAUUAUGGGCAAGGUAAGAACUAAAGAAGAGCGUAAGAAGUCUCCGGAGGAACCAUGUCGAGCUAAAACUCCUACACGGGAGAGGGUGAAAUCCGAAGGCCGUGGAGACUCCUCUCAUGGUAAAGGAGACAGACAUGAAGGGAAACCAAAAACGAAAGGAAAAGUGGCUUCACUGUACCACUCACUUAGUGGAAAAGUGAUGGGGUCUUCCCACAGCAUACAGACUGUCAUUGCAGCUGAAGAUGAACAAGAGCAGCGCCAGCAGCAAUCACGUAGGCAUCUUCCGCCUCCACCACCUCCCCAACGCCGUCCCACAACUCAGAUAACCAGUGUCCACAGGGAUGAUUCAACACCUAUUGACAUACCCGCCGAUGGAACUGUCAAGCGACGUGGCAGACUAUCUCGACCAGCAUCUGCAGGUGAGAAGGAGGAAGUUGAUUAUCCUAUUACUCGGAAAGCUAAAAGUGUUGGCUCUCCAACUGACUUUGGAGGCCAUUUGGUGAGAGCAGUCAUACACAAAGAUUCAAUGGGAAACCAACCAGUAUCUCCGCGAAGACACAGGAGCACAGACUCAGCUCUGCGUCAGGUACGAAUGUACCCAGCAUCUGACACAGAAGACUCUGUAUUCAAGCAGAGUUCGUGUGAAAGCUUAGCUCUUUCAGACAUUGGUCUUUCAGGAGACCACAGAAAGACCCUGAUAGUUGUUGUUGGAUCAAAAUCUAAGCGUCUCAUGCAGAAACAGCGCUCUUGGGAAACGUUUCCACCAAAGCGGCGAGAUGGACACAAUAAAAACAGAUUUUGUCAUGAUCCAGAAAUCUUUAGAACUGGUUUCCAGAAUGGAAGCCCUAUUGGUUCUACAAUCAGCCAUAUUGGCCCUACCUUGAAAAAAGCUGAUAGCUUUGAAGGUCAUGAAGAGGCUGUUCGAACACUUGUUGCAGCAGUUCAACAACACCAGCAAAGCCAACAGAAUCAAGCAAUGCAACAACAACUUCAUCAACGAAAACAUUCAGGGCCAAAAGCUCCUCCUCCUACUGGCAGCAGUGGUUAAGUUUAUAAGUAAUUGGACCAAAAUUUGCAGGGAUUUUCAAAGAUUUCAACUUUCAUUGGUUUAUAAACAACGGGUUUAGCCAUGGAUACUAAGUUUUGACUCUUCAAAUCAACUACUUCCCUCAAUUCCAGAUUUGAAAACAGGUCUGCCACCUCAUUUGUAUUUCAUUCUUUUAAUUAAG